AUGAUUAAUUCUUAUUCUGUGGCAGCCAUGCUUACUUAUAUCAGUAAUAUGAUGGCAGCCACAUUUUAUUUGCUUCCACCAUAUGUAUUUCAGUUCUAUAACUCUCUGGCACAUCGGUUGACGCGCUGGGAAUGUCCUAGAACGCAAGCUGAUUUCGACAAUAGUUACACCUUCAAAGUGUUUCUGUUCCAAUUCGCCAACUACUACUCAUCACUGUUUUACGUUGCGUUCUUCAAAGGAGUGUACGUCAACCUUUCGCAGUUGCCUGGCACGAGGGAUAAUGAUGGAACGUGA